CUGUUAUGAGUUAAAAUAAACAGGCAACUUGCAUGCUGUUUAAAGGUUUGCCUAACUCCAUCCAAUUUCAUAAUAAUUUCAACAUUUAUUAUUUUGAACUGUUGCUGAACUGUUUAAUCUUGACUCUAUGUAUUUUAGUUUCAAGUUUAAAAAUAAAAUCUCGUCAUAAGAAAAAAAUCCUUAUUAUUAAUAUUUACACUAUUUCUAGUGCUUGACUCUCAAAGCAUAAACAUGAACCGUGAAUGCAAUUUUUGUUCACAGCCUGGUGCUAGCUAUGUUUGCCCAAAGUGUGGUCUUUUCUAUUGUUCUUUGAAUUGUUAUCGUCAUCGUAAUCAUCUAGAGUGUACAGAACAUUUUUACAAAGAUUUGGUACUUCAAGAGCUGUCCUUGAAUACAAACACACAAUUGAAGGAGGAAACGAUGAAGCUGUUGGAAAGGAUGAAUUUAGAAGAUGAAUCACUUGAUUUUCAAUCACUAUUGGAUGACGUAGAUUGUGCUGGUAAAUCUUCGUCUAUCUUGGGCCAACUUACUGAUGAAUACGGUCUACCUGUUGAGGAAAGAGCCAAGUUUGAUAAGCUAGUUGAAAAUGGAGCUAUCUUUAACUUACUUCCAGCUCAUUUUUGGGACCCUUGGUAUGUCAAAGUUUCUCAAAACUUGAUGUUAAAGACUGAAGACGACAAAUCUGGUCCUGAUAACGAGUAUGACGAAGUUGAAAAAGAAAGCGAACACAAUUUAUAUGACGAAAUCGACGAAAAUGAUUAUGAUGAUAUUCCAAGUUAUCCUACAGAUUUACCUAAACUUGCUGAGAUUAUGAGACAAGAGCCUUCUCCAUUGAUUAAAUGUGCCUUGAUUCAAACAAUUUUCUCAUAUUGUGCGAUUUGUCGAUAUUUUGUUGGUAGUCAUCUAUCUUCUCCUUUGGAACCUUACAAUUUAAUGGUCGAGCUUUCAGCCCUUGAUUCAACGAAAAUAUCUUAUCCAACAACUGGUCAAUGCUUACAAUUUGUUAGCAGACAUUUAAUUGAACAAGUUCAAAUGCCUUUAUGUUUUGUUGAAAAGCUUUAUACGGACACUUCGCUAAUCAUUAAAACUGGAAAUCGUUUAGUACUAAGAUGUCUGGUCGACAUUGUUAAGCUAUUCAAAGGAGCAAAAAAGAAGAGACAUCCAAAAAGUGAUGAAAUUAGUCGAAUAAUUCGGAAAGUGAAAUUUUACAUGAGUUGGUGUGUCGAACACGAGGCAUUAUAUCAAUCAGAUUUACCCAGCGUUCACUUUGAAGCUUUAUCGUUGAAAGAACUGAUAAAUGAGAAUCAAGAAAUAAAGAACCGUGGUGAGAUUUCGAUUUCCAAAAAUGCAGAUGAAACUAAUCGAAAGCUGAUUGAAAUUGUUGAAUAAAAAACUUGACUGGUCCUACAUUGAAAUGAAGAUCUGUCCAAGGCAAAAGGACUAAAGGGUGUCAAAUUUAAUUCCAAGCAAACUGGUGGAGCUUACUAUCUUUUUAUCACAAAUUAAAAUAGAUAAGCACAGAUAUCAUAAACCAUAGACA